CGCGUCGUUUCCGACACUGCGUCCCUAUGGACCAAGCAUUACGGUAAGAACUGGUUUCAAAAUAAGAGCACACAUCCGGUGAACGUGAUAGUCGGGCAAUACGCCUUUAAAUACAGAUACAGUAAUACAUUUAACUAAAUGAAUGUGUGAAAAAUCAUGAUGAAUUGAAAAAAAUAUAGGAAGGUACCUCUUCCCAUAUUGGGUCAUUCUGAUGUUGAAUUAAAAAAUAAAAGCUCUAGAAAACCACAUUUAUGAGCAAAUGUAUCUCUAAUUUUUAUUUUAAAGGAUAUGUGCAUAGUUACAAACAAAUACAUUUCACUUCAGAUUAAUAGUAGACUACCUUAAGAUGUCCUUUAGAGUUACAAAAUAAAGGCCCUUCAAAUCUCCUUUAUGAGCUAACUUCAAAUUAGUUCAUGAUACAAUUUACGUCUAAUUUUAGAUUAGAUUUUUUUUAAAUGACCAAUAGUUAAAACUAAUUUCACUUCAUAAUAAUGGUAGACCACCUCAAGAUGUCACUCGGAUACAAUCAAGACAUUCUGAUGUAUGAUUACAAAAACAAGCCCUUCAAAAUCUCCUCCAUGAGCUAAUUUCAAAUCACAUUUCAUGAACCAAUUUACCUCUAAUUAAGAUUAGAUUUAAAAGGAAAUGGUCCAUACUUAGAAAAUAAUUUUACUCCACAUACAUCUUUUUAACCAAACAAAAAGACUUGGCUUUCUCACCCAUUAGAGGACUUUCAUAUACCCUCUAUGUUGUCAUUUUUUGUUUUAGGGGGUAACAAAUGUUUCACGAUACUUUUGGGGAACAACAAUGUGCUAUGAGGGUGUGUGUCAUAAUUAUGACCAUAUAGUCAUUGGUUUUACUUUACUAUCUACUGAUAAUUACAGAAAAGGACUCAGGAACAUAUGAGCUUAACAAACAAGAUCAGGCGGUUAGGGUCAUUUAAUAAGAAAUAAUUAGGAGGACAGGGGUCAGUCAGCAGAGCUACGUGUGUGUUUCUGUGCGUGUGUAACAUCGUGAAAGACUUUGGCGUUCUUGGUAAGCAUUGUAUAAUGCAUUGUGGGGCGUUCUCCACCGGGAUAUGCGUGGAACCUCUGCCACUUCUUCAUCUUUGUUUUAAUCCACAGACUCUGUGUCCUUCAACAAGCAGAAGCACAGAUUCUAGAGUGUCAUUUACCCUUCUUCAUCCACUGACAUGCAUACAAACACACACACACACACACACAUCACACACACACACAAAACACACACGUACUCUCUCUCUCUCGCACUCAUUUGGACGUUGGUUUACAUGUUAAUGUUGUCAAAAUAAAAUAAAAUAAUGAUUGACACAUUAUUAGGGACCCCACAUUCCCCCAAAGUUGUGUCCCCGUGUCUCCUCUAUCACCUUCUGGCCUCUUUUAAACUUAAUAUCUGUUUAGUUUAAAAACUGAGCAUUUUGACAACAGAUAAUGAAACGGACUGUCUCGCGUGUUUUGUAUUAGAAAUGAUACGUCGCUUUAGGGUUGCCGUAGAGAAAGAAGUAACUGGAAUUGGGGCUGAACGACAUGUCUGAUCUCCCGACUCUUAUAACUCUUAUAAGUGCACCUCACACACGAACCCAAAACGCUCGUUCACAUGACUGUAUCUGUAUGUAAAGGCGUAUUGCCUAACUAUCACGUUCACCAGAAGUUUGCUUUAUUUUGAAGUCCGUUCUUCCACACUCGUACCGUAAUGCCUAGUACAUGCGCGUACCGAAAACAAACCGUGUAGGCUGGCGUGACUGUUUUUGGAAGUGUACGUCCCUUUCUGUCCUUUGACACGCUCCAGUCAGAAACACGUAAAAAGAGGACACAACGAUGCUGCAGCUCGGAGAUGAAGUCGCCCUGUACUCGGUCGUCUUCGUGCUCGUCCUGCUGGGGACGCGCAGCCCGGUGUGGUCCACCGCCCUCACUGCCUCGCUCUACCUCUUUCUGGCCAUGUUCCGGUUCCCCCAGGUACCAACCAGCCGGGUCCGGCAGGUGCUGCACCCGGCCAAGGGCGUGCUGGGCUCCGGCAAUGUGUCGGUGGUCGCUCACCGGUGCGGUGGGCACGACGCACCGGAGAACACAAUUGUUGCCAUCCGGGAGUCUAGCAAGAAUGGGGCCACGGGCGUGGAGUUGGACCUGGAGUUCUCAGCAGACCGUGUCCCAAUACUGAUGCAUGAUGAGACUGUGGACCGGACCACCAACGGGUCGGGACCACUCAGCCAGUUGAGGCUGUCCGAGUUGGGUGAACUGGACGCAGCUGCUAAACAUCGACUCCGGGAAAGGUUUGCUGGAGAGAAGAUCCCAACUCUGGAGGAGGCGGUGGAGGAAUGCAUCAAACUGCAGCUCACCAUCUACUUUGAUGUCAAAGGUCAUCCAGAUGAGGCAGCUGCAGCCCUUAAAGAAUUGUAUAAAAAGCAUCCGGUCCUCUACAACACCAGCAUUGUCUGCUCCUUUGAGCCAAAAGUCAUCUACAGGAUGAGGCAGAGCGACCCAGAAGUGGUCACAGCAUUGACCCACCGGCCAUGGAGCCUGAGUCGGUUCGGAGAUGGUGCCCCGCGUUUCUCGUCGCUAUGGAAACACCAUUGGAUGACGCUAAUGGACGUAGUGUUGGACUGGGCGCACCAUCACGUGCUGUGGAAGCUCUGUGGCAUCUCGGCCUUCCUGAUGCAGAAAAACUUUGUCUCCGUGGACUAUGUUCAGUACUGGGCCCAGAGGGGGGUGGAAGUGGUCGCCUGGACAGUCAACACUAAAGUGGAGAAAGAUUACUACCAGGAGUUGCUGCAAGUCAACUACAUCACAGACAGCCUUGUGGAAGACUGUGAACCCCAUUAUUGAAGAAACAUGAACCCAGAGCAUGAUGUGAUAACAACUUAGUCAUUGACAAAAGAUCAAGUAGAUAUGAAAGGACAUUUCACUAUCGACUCGUCACCCAUAAUGUGGCAUCAGGUAAGAUGCCACAUGCACGCUGUCUUUAUUGUGAGUGUGUUUGUUUGAGGCAACCGAACUGACCAGACUGAGGGCCGUACUCGAUAACAAGAGGCAAUUAUGUGCAUUUCUUGACCUCUUGGCAAUAAGUCACUGUAAAGAAAAACCUUUUAUCAAAUGUUCUUUAUUCACCAACUUUGCAGUCGUGUCUGUCUUUCAAGACCUGAAGUGUAGUGUCAUACACCGUCUGUGCUUUUUACUCCGUAACGGCCACUAAUCUGGUGGAAACUACCUAGAAGUAAUUUUGUCACUCAUUAAAUAUGUAUAUUAUUUAAGAGUAAUAUAAAUGAUCAUUUCAUAUCUUUGGCAAAUGUACAUAUGGAACUGAAAUGCAGAAAACAACGCAUUAAUGAGUGGAGGUUACUCUGAGACAACAGCUGACGGUGACGACUACAAACUGAGCUCUUUUGCACAAUGCAGCAGCAGCUCACACACAACAUGACAGACAGUUGGUACACUGUAUGCCACAUAAAGUAGGCCUUUCUUACAGCAGACAUGUAACUGCAGGAGAAGCACAGGUGUAACACUGUCAAUGUCUAGGUGAAUGGGAAAACCUAAAUGGAAUGCAGCCGUUAUUAAUGUUCACCACAACUGUGUUUGACAAGGUAACUUUGCCAUUCGAUCAGUUUCCAGACUCAAGUGCUCUGAAAUAAAUGGAUUA